AUGAGUAAUCCUCUCCGUUCCAGCUCCUUGGAUGCGCAGACCACCGAGCCGCCGGCCGAUGGUUUGGACGAGCCUCCUCCUCCUCCCUCCCGUGGGAGGACCCAUUUCAACAACGGGCCUUCACCAGCUGCUGGACGAAGAGGUGGACAAUUGAUUAUCAGUCGCCGGCAUUCUAAACAGCUUUCGGCGCAGCGCCGCAGCCAAAUUAAUCAGCACCAACAAGGCCACUCUGGCGACAGUGGUAGCACCGUUUAUGAGGAGUUGUCGCAUGAUCAUCAUCCACAAUCCCGCUGGCAGCAGCAACAACAACAACAACAACAACGACGACAUCACCCCCAAGAGAGUCAGCCCAGCGGUCGGCAAGAAGCGACAACUGUAAUCUUUUAUGAUACCCAGCCGUACAUCCAGCCCCAGCAUCAAAACCACUCCCACCCAAACCCACCACAGCAACAACUACAACACCACUUUUCAUAUACAUCGCCCCCUGAGUCCCAUCAGUCAGCGUCGCUCACCUCCUCGACCUCGGACUCAUCUUCCUUCCUCCGCCAUCCCCACGACCCUAGACUGCUCCAGGCCCAGUACCAGGCAACUGCAAGCAGCUUCGACCUGCCCCCAGACCCCAACUUCACCCCUAACGCCAGCGAUCUAGUCCCGAUCCAGCUCCAGGGCUCAGUGACUGCACACACACACAUCCCUCAGCCCCAGCCGCCGCCCUUUGUUGGUUUCCCAGCGCCGGGCCCUGCAGGACCCGCCGCCGCUCCGUUCAUCCACGCCGGCGACGACAGCGACUUCUUCCAUCCUCAGCCUCAGCCUCAUCCCCAUCAUCAUCAUCACCACCACCACCACCACCACCACCACCAAAACGGCGUUCUCCAGUUCCCAGGCGGCUACCCGAUAUCAUUCAUGCAGAACCCGGAAUUGUCGAUACUCAAUGCCGAGUCCUUCGACGAUGGCGUGCGGGGUUUCCACGCACCGCGGAGUUUGCCCCCGGCUGAGAGGGCGAGGGUAGCCGGAGAGGACUCCGGCAAGUCAAGGAAGCGGACCAAGACGCAGGCUGUCGACACCUGCGAGCAGGAGGAGGAGGAGGAGAAGAAGCGGUCGCGAGGUAGACCGAGACUUGAUACCAAUGACGAAACAGCAAAGGAUCGCCGUCGCACCCAGAUCCGCCUGGCCCAAAGGGCUUAUCGGAAUCGCAAGGAGACGGCAAUCCAGACUCUGGAAAAGAAGGUAGACCAGCUCAGGAGCAACAAUGAGGAGAUGAGCAAGGCCUUCAUGAAGCUGUACGACUUCGCCGUCGGCAAGGGCAUGCUGGACACCGCACCUGAGUUUGGCAAGCAACUCCAGGCAACGACUGAAAAGUUCUACUCGUUGGCACGGAGAACCAGCGAAGACGGCGGGAAAGAUGUCGACAUGGCUACCGCUCCAGGCCAUGAGUCCGAAGGACACAGGUCAAGCCCGAACAGCAACCCCGACAAGCCCAGCGAAAAGUCGCCUUCGCCAGACAGGGCCCAGCCAGAGACCCAGCCCGACCAGGUCCUCUACGGGGGAUACAUGGUCGACCACACCUCCUCGGCCCACCACCAUCCUCAUCAUCAAUCUCACGCCCUAACCGCCAUCCACACAACCUCCUGGGCGCACAACAGCCAAGUUCUCGAAGCCCGCACCGUCGCCUCCCAGGCACCGCUGGGCUACGAGAUCGUGACGGAGCCGACGCCGGACAAUGCAAGCUUCCCAUUCGGUAUGUCCCUCGAGGGUAACGGCCUGGACACGGCGGGCCUCCUGGACUCGUCGGGCCAGCCCCUCUCCUUCUCCGAGUCUCCUUACUCUCUCCUCUCGGCGCCGAGCUCGUACGCAUACCAGGAGCGGACGUUCGGGCGGCGGCUGCAGCGGUCGACGCUGGAGCGCGCGUACGUCCUCCUGCGCAUGCCCAACCCGCCGCCGCACCGCGUCGCCUCCGUCUUCGGCUUCUGCAUGCUGUUCGAGCCCCGCGAGAAGAUCGUCGAGAGGCUGGCUAACCGGCUCAGUGUGAACCAGCGCGAGACGCUCUUCAACUGGCGGUUCCCGUUCCUGCACCUCGGCGGCGGCGGGACCUUCUUUGACGAGAUGCGCAAUGAGAUGGACGCGAGCGACUUGCCGAGGCACGACAAGUCGUCGCGCACGACGCAGACGCAGGUCGGGAACCAGGGGUCGCUGGAGCCUGAGAGGCAAAAGAUUGACUCGAUGUACGGCAUCGGCCCGUGGAACGCGCAGACGGAGGAGAUCCGCGACGCCAGGGUCGACCAUAAGCUGCGCAUGUCUGUGCCGGGGUUCGACGGCGACUUUUACGAUGCAGACGAGGUCGAGUGGUCGUUGCGGCAGAGGGGCGUGGUCAUUCCACCGGCGGCUGAUUUCGUCACGGCCGAGAUCAACCCUGCCGACUUUACGGAUGAGGCCAUCGCAGAGAGGAGCUUCAACCCGCUUGUUGACAACUACAUCGCAACGACGAUGGCUGAGAGUAACUUCAACAUGGCGGCCCCCUUUGGCGAUAAUCCGCUGUCGCAAUCGACGGGCCAGCCCGUGAAUCUCGAGGCAACCGGCACGCCGUCGCUGGACUUCGUGGGCACGACCGCCCAGGGGGUCCCGUCGACAAUGUCGAUGGAAGAUCCGAUGAGUCUGGACCCGACAUUUGGCGGGGAUCUAUUUGGUCUAGGUGCUUCUACACCCAGCCCGGUGCCGUCGCCGGCGUCAACCCGGCGGACGGUCACGAUCAACGUGGGGAUGCUUAACUCGGCUCUCGAUCUGUCUGCUUGGGCAGGUCACCCGGGAUCCGGCCGAAAGACGUAA